AUGUCGGUAACGCCCAGUAAUUUGUCACUUAGUGGGAUGAGCUCCUUCACUGAAAAUCAUAGUGCUAUGGAUAAGCCUCACGAGCAGAGAACUUUGAAUGUUUUUCUAUUCUGCUUGACUUUUAUCAUUGCAUUCACAGCACUUCUGGGCAGCAUUUAUUCUCUAGUUUCCCUGCUGAAAAUACAAACCAGAACCACAGUUUCAAUGAUUGUGACUUCUUUGUCAAUAGAUGAUUUGAUCAGCAUCGUGCCAGUGAUUAUUUUCAUGCUCACCCAGUGGUCAAGUGAUGUCCUCCCCCAGCCUCUGUGCACCACCUCAGCUCUUAUAUAUUUAUUCCAGGGCAUUUCUAGCAACCUGAAAGGAUCUCUUAUAGUUUCUUACAACUUUUAUACCAUCAGCAAAACUGAGACAAUGAGCUGCAGCACUUCCAAGCAACGAGUGAACAUGGUAUGGGCCAUUCUUACCAUUUGGAUUGUCAGUUUGCUGAUCUGCAUUUUGCCUCUUUGUGGUUGGGGCAAGUACAUCCCUACCUCCUGGGGCUGCUUCACUGACUGUGCCAGUUCCUACAUCUUGUUUUUAUUUAUUGUCUACUCACUGUGCUUUUGCCUCCUCACAGUGCUGUCUGUUCCUCUAACUUACCAGCUGUUGUGCUCAGAUGAGCAACAGCUAUUACACGGUGAUUACCAGGAAGUCUCUGGAGGCUGUAUCACCCCUGGGACACCUGCAGGCUGCGGUACUGCUACUCUGUCUCUGUCACCAGUGGACCCUGUGGAUAAAACUCUGAAGCAUUUCCAAAACACAUGUCCAGUCUCGGAGGCAGUUUUGAGAAAAUGUGUGGCUGGAAGCAGUGCACUUGAGCACCACUGUGUGAGCAGCAUACAGAGCAGGAGCUCCAUAGUGGGCUUUGCCCAGAAACGAUUCUCACUGAUUCUUGCAUUGACAAAAGUCAUCCUCUGGCUUCCAAUGAUGAUACAAAUGGUUGUCCAGCACACCACUGGUUUCCAGAGCCUUUCUUUUGAGACGCUUAGCUUCCUGCUGACUUUGCUGGCUGCCACAGUCACCCCAGUAUUCGCCAUGUCAGAACACUGGAUCCAUCUGCCCUGUGGCUGCAUCAUUAAUUGUGGGAGUAAUUCUUCUGCAAUGUCUUCAGAAGAAUUCAAAAGUAAACGUAGAGGUUUCGAAUUCAACCUGUCAUUCCAGCAAGGUUAUGGAAUCUACAAAAUCUCCCAUGAAAAUCACCACCACCACCACAGUGGGGAUGGUCAGUCUACAUCCUGUCACAACCUGGUGAGUGAUGAUAGCAGUAACUCUAAAGAACCUGGGAGCAGAAGCACUGACCUCCCCCACUGUGGGGCAGCAGCAUUCAGCAUCCUGGCCCUGGCAGAAUGCUCCCAGGAUGUACCACCAGGACCAGUGGCCAGGCAGGAGUCCAGCAAGGAAGGGGGCACCAACCUCCUCCUUCCUGACAAGUGGGAAACCCUUGACAGAGAAGAGGGCAGAAAUACUGAGCAGUCAGCUUUCUCUGAAGGACCAGAAAGGAGGCUGUCACAGGAGGAAGGCCGUAAACCUGAACUCACAGAUUGGGAAUGGUGCAGGAGUAAAUCAGAAAGGACCUCUCGGCAGCGAUCAGGUGGGGCCUUGGCUGUCCCUUUGUGUGCAUUUCAAGGAACUGUAUCUCUUCAGGCACCCACAGGAAAAACACUGUCUUUAUCCACCUAUGAGGUAAGCACUAAAGGGCAAAAAAUGACACCCAUGUCAAAGAAAAUUGAAGUAUAUAGAUCUAAAAGUGUUGGUCAUGAGCCAAACCCAGAGGAGUCUCCUGAUACAUUUGCUGACACAAGUGUUAAAAUUCAUUUAGAGGUACUUGAAAUCUGUGACAAUGAAGAGGCCCUGGAUACUGUGUCAAUCAUCAGUAACAUUAGCCAGUCCUCCACGCAGAUAAGGUCUCCAUCCUUACGUUAUUCAAGGAAAGAAAAUAGGUUUGUCUCAUGUGAUUUAGGGGAAACUGCCUCCUACUCCCUCUUCAUACCAUCAAACAGUCCUGACAGCAAUAUUAACAUAUCAAUUCCAGACACUGUUGAAGCUCAUAGGCAGAACAGUAAAAAGCAGUCUGUGGAAAAAAGUGGUUAUCAGGAAGAAAUACAGAUAUUGAAUAAAGCAUACAUAAAACGGGAAGAAGAUGGCACCAGCAAUUAA